CUGUUUAUACUUGCAUUUCCACGUCAUCAGAAUAACAGUAGUCAGUAUCGACCUUUUGUUUGUGGAUUUUUUGAAGUGGAAAAUGUAAGAAAACCGAAGACAAAUCCCAUAUUAUGGAGGUCGUAAAAUCAAAGCACCAAGGCCGGCAAAACGGCACAAAUUUCACCCUCGGAGACGACAAUAUCCCGCUGACAUCUUCGUACUACAAGGACUACAUCGAGACCACGAGAGGGAUGCAAGACGGUUCAAGGAAGAACGACUAUGUGAAGCCGGAGUUGGCCAAACCACCGCCUUGUGCCACGAUUCUCCUGUCACGAGAGCAGUUCCCCACCGCGCAUGUCGCCACCACCACCAACCGGCGAGAUUACCGCGGAUGCAACGCCUCCAGCGCGGUAUACCGCGAGAGACUGGGAGACUUGUCCUCCAUCAAGACGCUGCACAUGCAAAACUCGGUGGUGUUUGGCCCGGGAGGGGGCGCGGCCGCCCACCAGUUCCUGUCCAGCGCCCAGGAGCACUACCGCGACCCAGCGGACAUGGCACGAGAAAUCACGAGAUCGGGGCAUCAGCUGUAGAUAUGACAUCGUGAAAAAAAAAAUUGGAAGGACGCACUCUU